UGACAAAUGACACAGCGCUCCACCUUUGGCGCCGCGAGUUCGUCCGCCGCUCGCCUUCCUGGUCCUAAUACAGUAAUCCUACUCCGCUAAGUCGCUUCAGCCCUCAACCACGCCGGCACUUGGUCAAAGCCUCACAACUUCCAUCUUCCAUCAACUUGUGAGACACACAUUCUGGAGCUUCAAGACGAAGCUAUAUUGGGUUGCUUUCUCAAUCUUAAAGAGGAGAAGAUUAAAGUGGCAUCUAAUGCGUUUCAAGAGCUUGAAUCUUUGGGAUAUUGAUGAAAUCAAUUUGCCUUGAAGAUACUCCGAGGUUUCCAACGCCAACACAAGCCUCAGAUUCUGGUGUGAGAUUUUGCCUGUUUUCUCUCUGUAAUACUAAUAUGGUCAGAAAUCCUUUAUCUGAUAGUUCCAAUAAAUACCUCCGAAAGUUCAGGAAAUGGCCACAUUCCCCUUACAAGACCUUUUGGCACCACAACUUCGGCCAACAUCAAGCUAUGCAAAUCCUCGUUCAAGCUGCGACAGCAACCUCGCCAUUGCCUUCCUCAAACGACAACCUUAACAUGCCCUCUCUUCUUUCCACUCUUAUCCACUCUUUCAAAACUUAUAACUGUGACCCUACUCCUAAUGCCUACUACUUCCUCAUCAAAACCCUUUCCCGCACUUCAAGAUUGCAUGAGAUUCCUCUAGUUCUCGACCAACUCGAACGCGUUGAGAAAUUUGAGACACCCGAGUUCAUGUUUGGCUAUCUUAUUAGAGAUUAUGGUCGGGCUGGUAAAUUUCAAGAGGCAAUUGACCUGUUUUACAGGAUCCCUAAAUUCAGGUGCGUUCCAACUAUUUGUUCUCUAAACUUAUUGCUCUCGGUGCUUUGUAGAAAUCGAGAGUGUCUCAAAUUGGUUCCACUGAUUUUGUUGAAGAGUCGGGGUAUGAAUAUCCGAAUUGAAGAAUCGACUUUUGGGGUUUUGAUUAAGGGUUUAUGUAGAUAUAAUAGGGUGGGUUAUGCCAUUGAGAUGCUUUAUUGUAUGAUAGAGGAUGGCUACCAUCUGGACGAUAAAAUUUGUUCUUUGAUUGUUUCGUCAUUUUGUGACCAAAAUGAUUUGACGUUUAAGGAGGCUCUGGGUGUAUGGGGAGAUAUGAAGAAGUUCGGUUUUUGUCCCCGUAUGAUGGAUUAUUCCAAUUUGAUUAGGUUCUUGGGGAAGAAAGAAAAAGGUAGGGAUGCCAUGGGUAUUCUGAAUCAGAUGAAAGAAGAUGGAAUCAAGCCCGAUAUAGUUUGUUACACCAUGGUUUUAAGUGCUGUUGUUGCAGAAGGGAAUUAUGUGAAAGCACAUGAACUGUUUGACGAAUUGCUUGUGUUAGGACUUGUUCCUGAUAUUUAUACUUAUAAUGUGUACAUAAACUGCUUGUGUAAAGAGGAUAAUGUGGAGGAGGCACUUAAGAUGGUUUCUUCUAUGGAAGAUUUGGGAUGCAAUUCAAAUGUGGUUACUUACAAUACUUUGUUGGCUUCCUUAUGUGAAGCUGGGGAGUUAAGUCGAGCAAGGGGCCUUUUGAAGGAGAUGAAGAUGAAAAGGAUUGAGCUCAACUUGCAUACGUAUAGGAUCAUGCUUGAUGGUCUGGUUUGCAAAGCUGAAAUUACUGAAGCAUGUUCUUUAUUGGAUGAAAUGUUGGAAAAGUGUUUAUAUCCACGAUCUUCAACCAUUUAUAAUAUUAUAUAUGAGAUGUGCCAAAAAGGCUUGGUUACUGAAGCACUGGAGUUAAUGGAGAAAUUUUCUGCAAAAAGUUUUCCCCCAGGAGCUAGGGCUUGGGAAGCGCUGCUCCUUAAUUCAGGGGCUAAGCUUAGUUAUUCAGAAGCCAUUUUAGCUGAUCUGGUGAAAGCAAACUAACCGCAGUUUUCAAGUUAGCCUGGGGGUUAGAUCUGAUCUCAAAAUCUAAAGGACUUUCAGCUUGUUUGGAUAAAGAGCUAAAGCAUAAACAGAAUUUACACUUGAGUAACUUUAAUGGAUCAACUCCUUUUGCAACCAAAAUGAAGAAAGGUAAGUCUUUCAAACCUGGUAAGCAGAAUCUGACAAGCAAACAUGCAAUUCUCUUUUCAGAUUUAGGUUCUUCUUGUUGGUGGUGGUCAAUUCACAAGUACAUCUGUACUUCAUAAAAGAAAUUCUAGUGAUAUAUGCUGUCCCUGUCUAGUUUCUUUCUUAAGUUUUACUUUCGUUAUGAGUAAAUUGCCCUGAUGCUCCUUGAGGUUUACUGAAAUUAUUCUCACCUCCCUUGUUUCAGAAAUUACAGUGACUUCAUAAUUCGAAAUCUUACUGAAUGCUGAUUUUUAAAUUUCCAGACACAAAUCCCUGUGCAGCUUUCUGUACAUGUUCAGAGAAAAAGGACGCUGGUGUAAUUUCAAGUAAGCCUCACAGGAGUGUAGCAUAUUUUUCUUCUAUAUUAUUUUCAGUUGUGGUCCCAUUUUUUGCACACCCAUAUGCCCUAGUAGGACUAGAACUCUUGCCUUUGUUGAUUAUGACACUUAAAUCACUAAUGUCCCAAACAAGCACAAGUAUGGAUCAAAAAUUCUUAUAGAGCUGACUGUCUAAGGGAAAGGAUCAAAGGAAAGGUAUUUGGUUGUAUAUGUUUCUUAUUUCCUUUUUGAGCUGACAAUCACAAUUUGAUCACAUUGUACGACUGCUGUAAGCCUGUAAUGUUGACUGCCACAAUAUGUUCUGAGUCUCACAUUUCCUUUUCUAUUCCUGCAUCCAGAAGGGAGAGAGGGUGUUAAGUUUUCAUGUGUUGUCUUGUUGGCCAUAUAAAACCUUGUUAUUUAGAAUACGCUGGUUGUCACUUGAGUUGGAUUUAUAUAAUAUAAUUAUACUCAUUUUAACCUGCUUCUUUUCUUUGAUGCAUCAGUAACCCAAAAAAAAAAUAAUAAUUAUGGAAUUAAAAGUUCUUUCUAUUUCAUAACUGCAUGCAAGCACUGUGCGAUUCUUAGACGCAAUUGAUUGUUUAGGUCUAUCAACGUGAUGGAUAUCAAUUGGACAGUUUACUGGCUUCAUAAAUUCCGUUGGCCCCUUACCUAGACCCCUUGAAGCUGUUUCUUCUGUUUAUCAUGUGGGUAAUAUGCUUUACUACACGCUGCUAGGUAGAUAAGCAAUAUGAUUCUUAUCUUCUCUUGUGUAAUUCUAUCAACUUUCCAUGUGUAAUGAGAUGAAUAGUAUUGUUCUACUGAUCUUGAUGCAUAGCACUUGCUUCUUUUAGGGAAAAAGGCUAGCAGAGUAACCCAGAUGAUGUCAAAAAAUUAUAUUCGGAGGACACUUCUAAUCGAAAUGCCAAUAAAAUGAAUAUGCAAUGUGAGGAAGAUAGUCAAUUGUAUAUUGAAAUGAAAGGGAGAAGAUGCUGCUGCCACGGCACAAGAGAGCAUUUGUGUGUCAUAGACAUUAAAUAUAUGUAGAGGCCAACCAUAUCUGCAUUUGUGUUAUUAAUAGAAAGAGCUCCCAUUUUUUAGACUGAAUCAAAAUAGGUGUACUAUAUAUUGCAAGUCUUUUUCUUGUAGAAGGUGCAUUUAGGGCAUUUUGGUUCAAAAUAUAAAUUCCGUAUCUACAUGUUUUAUUUGUGUAUUCAUUAACUCUUUCCUUACAUUAUGUUUGACGUGCUUUAUUAGUUACUUGUGAAUAGCCAGAGUAUCCAAGCUUUGGUCUGAUUGUAGGUUCGUAUCUUGAAUUCAUGUCGAUCUCUAUGCCUUUAGAACAAGUUACUGAGUGAAAUAUGGCAGACAAUGACCUGCUUCAGUACAUCUGCAGCUUACAUUGAAAUUUAUUGUUAUAAAUCUUGAGAUUUCAUUUUACUGAAUACAGAAAACUAUGAGCUGUCCUGAAUGAUUUUGAAAAUAUUGUAAUUCAUAGUUACAAUUCUUGAGACUUCAUUUUACCUU